UGUUCCUAAAGGCUGGAGAAGAAAAGGAAUUCCAGGAAAAUCUGCUAGAAUUCGGAAAGGGGGCACUCACGAGGGGCGUUAUCGUAAAUCUCAUUGCCCCUUCGAGUGGAAGGAGGUGUGACAGUCCUGCAGCAGAGAACACACUGCUACACCUCACCCCCUUCUCUUAACUCUCCUGCUUUUCUGAUUGGUUCAAGCCUAGCCUUGUACACUCCCCCUUUUCUUCAGCACACAAACAUUCUCUGACUGUCUCCUCCCAUCCUGCACUGUUGUUUUCUAGGAAACCUGCAAGAGCUCUGGGCAAAGCUGUUGUUUUGGCUGCUUUUCUUGGUUCAUUUGAGUGGAGAUCUCCAGUCUGAUUUCUCAAUCUGCAGGAAUACUGCUUGACCUCACCUCAGUUCAUAGAAUUGUACUUUGAGUUCGGAGCAUUUUUCAAGAGGGAUUUAUUAUUAUCUACUCCAACAGUUUCUUUACUUUGACUCAUGGUUGAAGCCAUCACUGUGCAAAACUGUGCAGGACUUCCAAAGUUUAUUCUUAGAGGAAUGCACUGUAACAAGCAGAGUGUAAACUGCUUUUCAAAGGAUUGCUGACAAGUGGGAAGUCACCGGACAUUCUUUUUGAAUUCGUUGGGCUGAGAUGCCACAAAACAAGCAGCAGCUGAAGAAAGCAUUCUCAUUUGGAGAGUAGGAUCUUCUGUAUGCAAAAACGAAAUGUGAUCACUUCUGCUUCUUCAGGCUUCUUGCAUACUGCUUCUAACCUUUCUUGAAGGUAACCCUGUUGCCUGCAGAAAUCUCACCUCUUAAUUUGGGGAAAGAUUAAGAGGUGAGAAGUAUUUUUGAUUUGUUGGUAUGUUUGAAAGGGUUUGAAACAGUCUCGUCACUUUCAAACAAGUUCUGGUGAAAGUUCAGUGUGGAUCUGGUUAUGACAGAAGGCAUGUAACCAGUACGUUGAGGAGGUUACUUCAGGUCAACUGAGAGCUACGCUGUACACCAGAGCUUGGGCUUGGUCUCAACACACCAACUUGAAAAACUGUCCUCCAGGAAGAUAAAUCUUUGACCUCUCUGAAGUAGCUGCCAUCAGUCGGCUGGAUUAACAGCUGUGGUGGAUGACUCUUGUGAGCUUUCUUUAUUUGAACUGACAGAAAUGGUCAGCAUGGAGAGUGAGACAGACUUGCUAUGUGACUGGGAGACGGUUCAGCACCCUGAAGGACUUCAGUAUUGUUGGACUCAGUGGGAAUGGGAGUUUGAGAACGUUCCAGCAGUAAGUGAUCAGCAAGAAAACAAAAAGGUGUUAAGCCCCACGUAUAAGCAACGCAAUGAAGACUUCAGGAAACUCUUCAAGCAGCUACCUGACACUGAACGCCUCAUUGUGGACUACUCAUGUGCCCUGCAGAGAGACAUCCUCCUACAGGGUCGCCUCUACCUCUCCGAAAACUGGAUUUGCUUCUACAGCAACAUCUUCCGCUGGGAAACACUGCUGAUGGUGCGUCUGAAGGAUGUCUGUUCCAUGACUAAAGAGAAGACGGCGCGUCUCAUCCCCAAUGCCAUCCAGCUCUGUACUGACAAUGAGAAGCACUUUUUUACCUCAUUCGGCGCGCGGGACCGGACCUACAUGAUGAUGUUCCGUCUCUGGCAGAACGCUCUCCUGGACAAGCCGUUGUGUCCCAAAGAGCUGUGGCACUUUGUCCACCAGUGCUACGGGAACGAGCUAGGCUUGACGAGUGAUGAUGAAGAUUACGUGCCCCCAGAUGAUGACUUUAACACCAUGGGCUGUUGCCCCCCUCCCUGGUGCAGGUACUGUGAGGAGAUCCCACCUGAAGAGAACGAGGCCCAGGACACGUGCACCAAAUCCCCAGAGGUCAAAAUGGACGCGAGUCCGCAGCUGCCCAAGAAAUCCUUCACCAGCAAUAACAUCCCUUCAACAGGCAGCGGCGAAACACCUGGCCAUUAUGACGUUCCACCAGAGGAAGAGUUUUCUAGCUGUCUUCCUGAGGAUCUCCUAAGUUUGCCUUUAGCAGAUAACAAGCUGUGCAAGUCCAGCGGUCCUGCACCCUCACCGUCGCUCGACUUCAACGACAAUGAGGAUCUUCCAACUGAGCUCAGCGACUCAUCGGAAACUCACGAUGAUGGAGAAGUCCAGGCCUUCCACGAUGAUCUAAACGGGAAGCAGUACAUCAACGAGGUGUACAAGUUCAGCGUGGACAAGCUGUACGAUCUCCUCUUCACCGAGUCACAGUUCAUGCGGGACUUCCUGGAGCUACGCCGCUUCUCUGAUGUGGUGUAUCAUCCAUGGAAGAAGGAAGAGAUGGGAGACCAGAGCAGAGAGAUCAUGUACACCAUCUCCAUCACCAACCCCCUGGCUCCAAAAACCGCUACAGUCACUGAGACUCAGACUCUGUACAAAGCCAGCCAGGAGGGUGAGUGUUACAUCGUUGAUGCUGAAGUGAUCACUCAUGACGUCCCUUAUCAUGACUACUUCUACACGCUCAACCGCUACAUGCUGACCAGGGUGGCUAAGAACAAGUGCAGACUGAGGGUUUCCACCGAGCUGCGCUACAGAAAACAGCCUUGGGGUCUGGUCAAGGGCUUUAUAGAGAGAAACUUCUGGAGUGGCCUCGAUGAAUAUUUUAGACAUUUAGAGCUGGAGCUGAGUAAAGUGGAGGUCGUGCUGAACGAACCCCACAGACCUUCUCCCAAAGCCAAAGUGACGCGCUCGUCCACAGUGAGGCGACACCGGAAACGGGCGGCGGCUCACCUGCGGCCACAGCACCUGGACGAGGAGCUGAGCGCCAUCACCACGGCCGAGGACGACGAGGUCAUCCAACGCAUUAAACACGUGCCAGGAUCCACGCAGACGCGGCACCUCCCCGACCCGGCUGCCGGAGGUCUGGCACUCUACAGCGUCUCCAAACUCCUGCUCAUCAUCAGCUUCGUCCUGGUGCUGCUGGUUUUCCUCAACAUGAUGCUGUUCUAUAAGCUGUGGACGCUGGAACACACCACGCAGAGCUUAGCGUCGCUGCAGGGCCUCCGAGCUCGCGACAGUAAACUUCCCCAAACGCAGAUGGAGUGGGCUCAGCUUCUGGAGUCGCAGCAGCGUUACCAUGACGACGAGCUGGAGAAGUGGCGGGAGAUAAUCAAGUCAUCUGUGGUUUUGUUAGACGAGAUGAGAGGAUCUUUGCUGAACCUGCAGAAGGGAAUCGGCAUGAGAGACGACAGCUCCGCGGCCGAGGACAAACGGAAUCGAUACCACUGACGGGUGAAGACCUCGGGCCGAACAGACACAUGGUGCAAUAAGAAGGAUGUGGAGGAACCUCAGAAGCUGCCUCACUCCUCUCCUGUCCAGCGCAGCUCACUGAGCAUCGAUUUGCAAAAAUGAACCACUUGACCCCGACCAUCCAGAUCUCCAGGGCCAAAAAUGACUCCUGAAUCGUUUGUUCAUUCAUUCAAGGACUUGUUUGAGUGUUAAAUGCACAUGCAGCCACAUCUCAGCUGCACCCCCACCCCCACUACCACCACCACCACUCUAUUUUUCUUUGUUUUUUUUUUGUUUUUUUUAAUAAAAAAAAAAAAAAAGGAUUCCGGGACCAGGUUAACCUUUGACCUAUUAUCUCUAAGUGUUACUUGAGAAAGUGCACAGGUAGGAGAAUGUGGAAAGCAUAUUAUGAAUACACACAGAUUUCUAAUUUAUAAGUAGAGCUAUAUUUGUUGCCAGAGCUACCUUUUUACUGAGGCUUCCAUGGAAAUAUCGGGGCUGGACCCCGGAGAGCUUGUGCCAUGGUGCUAAUCAUGCAUAAAUGUCCAUGUUAUAGCUACAGAUUUAUUUCUGUCUGUGUGUAGAGUAGCUUGUUUCUCUUGUUGGAACAUUAUGUUGCCUGUAAAAGUGAAAGGCCAAUCAUUUGCGGAAAACAGAAAGCGUGAUCAUUUUCCUCAAAGAUGCCGUACUGUAUUUCAUUUUGCACAAAGCAAAACUGCUUUUGUUUUUUUCCAUUUGUUGUUUAUUGCUGUUCAUCUUUAUUUCCCCUUUUUUUUAACACUGGACUGUUCAGGAUUCUGAGUUGCCAACUUUAUUUAUACUCGUCAUCCAUUCCAUAUUUUGUGUUACAUGAUUGGAUGCUGAUCAUGAAAAUCUUGUUUUAAGCUGUUUGUGUGAACUAGGCAUGUGCCGAUAUUUCUGACCUUUUACCAUAGCUUACGAAAAUCUAACGAAUUUCUAACAAUAUUGUAUUUAACAAGAAGGCAGCUACCUAGCUGUAGGUCAUUGGUGUUUGGAGGCAGUGCUUUGAUAUCUCUGAAGGUACCGAUAAGACAAUGGAUUAAACCAUCCUUUGAAGGCAGCGAAACGUCUCCAUGUUGCUAGGUUACCGAUGUACGCUUAACGAUAACUAACCCUAAACUCCUUUACCUAACAAGUAUCAUUGGGGAAAAUAUAUAGGAGAGCGAAUAUUCAGGACUACACCAGCUAUUUCUCACUGGAACUAAAGUCUCAAUUCAAAAAUAAUUCUUGAAGCUGAUUGGUCAGAAGGUGAUGAAUUUUCUAUAACAGCAGCGUUGACAGUAGUGCAGCUGUAAAUCACGGGUUUACAUUAAUGCACUGAUUUAAAUACGUUAUCGUUUCUAUAGUAACAGCUCAUUCGCAGGGACGAUCUACAUAAACAGACUAAAAAAACGUGUUUUUUUGUUCAUAUAGUGAACUUUUCUGUAAGGAGACAUUUAUGCAACAUUUCUGGAAGGAGUCUCCAGUGUCAACAACUUGUAACUGUAAAGCUGUAACUUUACGUUUUCCGACAUCUUCAGGAGUUUAUGUUUCGCAGUUUCUUGGUAACCUCCAUUUUCUUUCUUUUAGACGCUGGUGUAACAUAAGUGAGAACAGGAAAUUGUGUCUUAGACGUUAAUAAACAGAUUAUUGGCACAUGCCUGGCGCAGAAUAGUGACUGAGAGCAUGUUGAGCGACGGCAGUGUUUUCUUUCCUGCAUUUAUUUCAUUUCAUUUUGUUUUUAUGCUGCCUGAGAGAAUCGUGGAAGUAGGAGGAGUAAACUGUGAAAAAAAAAAACAACUCUAUAUGCUAGGUAGAAUUGCAGACUGUUGUGGUAUUUAUUUUCAGUAUUAUUCGCAGAAAGUCCCAGACAAGCAGUCUGUUAACGCUACCCCUGGCAUUUUAAUUUAUUUAUUGAACGAUUUCUUUUAUCCAAAGCCCUACAGCUGAGCAGUGUAGUGUUAAAGGUGUUGCUUGCAGCUUUCUGACAGUGCAGGGAUUUGACCCUACAACCUUCUGAUGACUGAACCUUAUCUCCUGAGCCUAUAUACUUUUAUACAAGCUGUGAAGAGAUCUACAGAGCCGCAGAUCCAGUCUGACCAAAAUCGGACAAAUCUCAUUUCUAACACGCAGCUUGUUGUCCAUCUCUUUUAGAACUGGUGUUGCAUGUUUAUCAUGGAAAAGUUUGGUGCAUAAAAAAAACGUUUUAGCUUGCAAUUUUUUUUCUCAAGAAAUAAUUGGAACUACAGCAUUAGCAUUCUAGCACCCUAAAGCCAUCUUUUUACUGUUUUAUAUCCACAGAUUCUUGUGAAGUGCUGCUUCUUAACUCCUCAAUCAAUCCUUUAUGUCUUGAACUGGUAAAUAAUUGGAGCAGCUCAAUAAGGAUCCAAAUAUAAUGUACUCAUCAAGAAGCAGGAUUGGAACACAGCCCAUGUUUUUUUCGUUACUUUAUCAGGUCUUUGAAUAGUCAUGGCCGUGACUGUUAUGGUCCAGUUAUUGAUAAAGAAUUACAAUUUAAUAUUUCACAGCAUGCUUCUGUACAAAUCGUAAAGAAAAGGGAAUCAGUCAGUUUAUCAGAAGGAGAGCUGCUCAUGAAUGCCAAAUACAAUCAUCACCCUCAUACUCUGGGUGUAAGGUUCUACACUAAAGCAGAAUCCAAAAAAUCCUGUUUGUGUGGGUUUUUGUUUGUUUGUUUGUUUGUUUGCUUUGCGUCUUCAUCCUACAAUCCUUCAUCCCAGCCUAUGAAAGUUUUGAGAAGUAGCUACACAACAAGUAUUAUGGCAUUGUAUUGCAAAUCGCAAACGUAUGUGCAUAAAAUCUUUCAUGUUUUUUUAUCACUAUUGUUAUUAUUAUUAUGAUUUUAAUCGACAUAUAUCGAGCUGAAAUAUUUAUACUAAUAUUAUAAUGGAUGUACAUGUUGUAUAUGUAUAGUUGCUGUGUAUAUGGAAAAGGGCUCCGGCGUGUCGCUGGCCGAAAGCCGGCAGUCCUGAAAAGAUACUUUCAGAGUAAAAAUCGAAAAGAUUUAUGUGAACAACAAAUGAGCAGAAUGAAUAAAGGUAUUUAAGAGCUGUU